AUGAAGCUGAUGUAUUUCUGGUCUCGCAUCGACCUCCUCCUACCAUAUGGCAACUUCACUACAGACGCUCGCCGCCAAGUCUGGCAGAAAUUUGCCAAGCGCGCUGGUGGUGCGGAGAGAUUUAACGUUAGAUAUAAGGAUUACAAUCGACUCUCGGUGCUAGAACUAAACGGCCGUGAGAUCAAAGACUUGGUCAAAAGCGCAAGAUUGUUCAGCAUGGAGAGCGAGAAGCACUUGACAGCUAAUAGGCUGGUUCAGCUUGCGGAAAUGAGGAUCGAAGCAAUGAAUAUGCUAAAUGGCGACGGAGAUAUGGUCUAGAGAAUUGUCUUGGACGGAGAAAGCGACGGAAGAGAUGAGAAAUCUUAGCACAUGCUACACAUAAUAGUUUCCGGUUCAUAGUUUAUUGAUGACAGGAUGGUAAUCCAUUCACUUCUAG